CUUACCUCGCCUGUGCUCACACACACUCUUUCACACACAGAAGUAAUGGGAUAAGAUACGACGUGCAGUGCAGUGCAGCGAGGAGGAUUUGUGUCGAGGUGGGAAGCCAGGAGUGUGAGUGUUGAGUUUCCAUGAUUUUUAUCUGGAUGUGUUUUUCUGCGGCAGUGAAGUCUGAAAAGAAGCUGAGAAUGUCUUCAACAGCAGAGUAAAGACAAAAUGUGGAAUUUGGUCUUCAAACAUUCUCUAAAUGACAGUUCUGCACUUGACAAGGACACAAUGUCUUUCAGACCUUUUCUAAAUACUGCAGCAUCUGUGUGCAGUGUUUAAAAUGUAUAAAUGGAUGGAUUGCAACUCAGAAACAUACUAAAUAUACUAUCUAAACAUAGCUGUAGAAAUCUGCCAAUACUGCCCCACGGAGAAUGGAUUGGACGUUCUAUCAAAUGUCAAUAUAGAGAGUAUAAAGAAGAUUAAAGCUAUAAAGAGGACUGUUCAGAGUUGUUGCACAACCAUCAAGAACAACGGAAAGCAAAUAGGCAAAUAAAAACCUGUACGUCACAGAUCAGAAGAAAGUAACAACAUUGUACCUUCUGGUCCAGAGAUGAGUGUUCCUCUUCAUGGUGCAGGAGACUACAAUGGGAAUGCUUUCCCAAUUUCCUCUUCUACCUCCUCUUCCUACUCAUGUCUGGGGGAGUCGUCUCCUGAGUUACUGAGGAGUCUGAGCAGCCUCAGUGGGGGCCGGACCAACAGCCCUCUGGACUAUGACAUGUUUGAGGUCACCCAGACGACAACGGUGAUUACCAAAACCGACAAAAUGACUGAUGUUGUAAUUUCAAAAUGGAUACCAGAGGAGGAAAGUAAACCACAUGACAAUGAUGACAUCUCUGUGGGAAAGAUACAAAAAGUAACAGAGAUAUCAGAAUCUAAUGACAACUCAGUGUCUGUUUACCUUGACGCAAACAGCUUUGAAUACCGCCAAGACACUUGGAACGACAAUGACAACCUGACACUGGCACUGUCCUUGACGACGAGCAGCGUCAAUGAUGACCUCAGUAGUCAAAGCAGUAAUGGGAGAAGGCAUGGCUCCUCGACUCCAGACUCCGACGCAACAGAAAUCCCUGCUGAUGUUGAUGACGAUGAAGAGGAAGCUUUGUUUCUGUCUGUGAGCUCUGACAUGGGUGUGCGGAAAAGCAGCAUAACCCUCAGCUCAAUCAGUCAAUCCAGCAACAACCUGAUGAACCCAGGUGGCUCUGCUGUGUCGACAGAGGGGACUGUGACUGUGAGUGUAGUUGAUGAUGAGAGGGCAUGUCUCCUUGGUCUACCUGUGGAAGACCAGACAGAGCCUCCCUCUGAGGAUGUUUGUGAAACCACUCAGAUAUUAUCUUCGUCCCCCUCUCCUACCAAUCCAGAUCAAGAUGCUAACGAAGUCGCAUUUUCUCAACUUGAGGAAACUGAAAAAUGCGAUGAGGGGCCCAAACCAUCCAACCCUAACACCAGUCAGCCAGCCAGAGCAGCAAAAACCAAACCAACCAUUGCCAUUUCAACUGCUCCCAAGACAACUGUGUCCACAGCCAUCAAAGCGUCCAGUCUGGAGGCAAAGAGAGUUUCCAAACUAGAUCUGAAAGAUGUUGAGGCUAAAGUUGGAUCACGGCCCAACCUGUCUCCAUCUAAAACACCCAACCAGCAGAACAAAUCUGCUCCAGCCAAUGGAAAGAGAGCUGUUCCUAGGAAGGAGGAAGAAAAGACUGGGGAUGGGGGUAAUAAGCAAAGGUCAUCUGCAGGUCCAGUCAAAGUGGCCGUGGUGCUGAAAUCUAUUAGAAGAAAGAGCAGUAACCCCAAAACCAACCACCAGACAGCAGCCAAUGGCUCCGCUCAGCCAGAGAGGAAGAGUUUGGCUGUCAGUCGAACAUCUGAGGCAGUUAAGGAAGGAGCCCUGGAAACUCCCAGGAUGGCUGUCCAAGAAGUGAGUGAUAAACAUGUCACAGUUGGAUGUGUGGAGACUAAACAUCCAGGUGAAGAUGCUCACGAAGGUACUGGAAAAACUUUAAAGACUGAGGCUGCUGUGGGGAAAUCAAUGAAUCCUAGCAGGAAAGUCUCCUCAAAGCUGGGGCCCAAUUCCAGGCAUCAAGGGAGAUGCACCAGAGUGGAUAAGGGGCCCCUGGGACCGGCUCCACCUCCAGGUUCAGGGACUGGACCUCCAGGACAGGGGAUUCCUGGACCCAGGCAAAACCAGAGUGAUGGUUACACGUUGGGAGAAGGUGGACAGAGCACUGGAGGCAGAUCUCCAACGAGGCAGAGCCAAAGUCAGUGCCAGGGUAUCCCAAAACCUCGCACCACCGCAGCUGUCCUGGGUCCCGCAACGUCCAACUCUAAACCAACAGCCAAUCAGCAGGCACUGGGGCCUGUCAGAAGACCUGCUGCACCCGUCGCAUCAAAACUUCCUGUAAAGGGACUACCCACAAGCCUCACUUCCUCGUCACUGGAAAGCACUGAGAUCAGUGGAGCCACAAGCAAAGUGGACAAAAACAAGCCCCGGGAGGCGCUAGCAAGACCCACAAACGCCAACACCAGCUCACUGGCAGCAGCACCCGCAAGAGGAAACAACCAGAGAAAACAGCAUCCUCCACCAGAACUGGUACCAGACGUGGUGAAUGCUAAUGCACCAGUGAUGGCAGUUCUGCCAGUGCCGGCCCCUGAUACCACUAACACUGGCUCAGGCACCACUGGAGCCUCUGGUCUUGGAUUCAAAGCAAAAAACGGGUCAAGAUCCAGCCCCAAAACAGCAUCUCGCCUGCAAAAUACAUCCAAGCCUGGCGCAGCGGGGGCUGUUGUGGUGGACCGGAUGGUCACUGCCAAACAGAACCAGAACAAAGAGCUGGCAGAGAAGAAGAACCAGGCCAUUAACCAGCUGAGGAAGCUGCUGGUCCAGGGGAAUAAGAGAGUCGAGGCUCUGGCUAUAGUCAUCCAACAGCUCUUCACUGAGCGUGAGCAAGCCCUGAAGCAGAAGAAGGGGUUGUCGCUGGAACUGGCAAACCUUCGAGACGAACUGGUCGCAUCGUCACAGUGCUGCGAGCGUCUCCAGAAGGGGAAGGAGGAGGUGCGCGUCAGCUUGCAGGAGGCCUUGAACAGGCUGCAGAAGCAGCACAAGGAAGAGCUUGUGCAGCUGGAGGACAGAUUGAGGAGUUUUUACCAAACGGAGUGGGACAAAGUCCACCAGACGUACCAGGAGGAGGCCAACAAAUGUCGCAUGUUGAUGGAACAGCAGGUGGAGGAAGUGAGGAGCCGACAGGAAGCAGAGAGGAAAAACCAGGAAGUGAGUCACAGCCAGAAGAUGGAGUCUCUCAAACUGCAGUAUGAGAUCUCCUUACAAGAGCUGAAUAGGAUCCAGAACCUGAACAAAACACUGAAGGAUACCGAAACAUCUCUUUCUGAGAGCAUUUGUGAGCUGUCAGCAGAGAAGGGGGCUCUGAAUGAGAAGCUGAAAGCAGAGGAGGAGAGGAGGAGGCAGAUACUCACUGACAAGAAUCUGAAGGACUCCCACACAGUGUACCUGGAGCAGGAGCUGGACAGUCUUAAGGUGGUGCUGGAGAUCAAAAACAACCAGCUGCACCAGAAGGAGAAGAAGCUCAUGGAGAUGGACAAACUGUUGGAGACUAAUGUGAAACUAGAAGAGUGUCUGACGAAGGUCCAACAGGAGAACGAGGACUAUAAGGCCAGGAUGGACAAACACGCUGCUCUCUCCAAGCAUUUGUCCAGUGAACAGGCCAAACUCCAGCAGAUGCUGCAGAAAGAGUCCAAGGUCAACAAGCAUCUGUCCAUGGAGAACGAGGAGCUGCUGUGGAAGCUGCACAAUGGUGACCUGCUGGCGAGUCCCAGCCGCCUCUCACCCACCUCGCUCUUCGGCUCACCGCGCAACUCUGUCUCCAUCCCCACAAUUGCACCCUUAUCGCCCAGAUAACCCCAGCAACGAAUGACAAACCAUUCCUCUCCUGUGACCUCCUACUUGUCCUUGUCACCUUUACAAGAGAAAGACCAGUCACAGCAGUGUUGCUGGAUAUUAAUGAUAAACUUGUACAUUUGGAAUAAAUUGCUUAAAAGACGCUUCUCUUGAAAGUAAAAAGACAUUGCAGUGGCACCAAUGCACUUAUGUCUGAGAGUGGGACUGACCUUGCUCUCUACCAAAUGCCUGGUUCUCCAACAAACCUUUCUUCUUUUUGUGAAGAAAGCAUUAAUAACAGGCACACCUCAGGGUCUGUACAAGGCUCCUCACUCUUGUUAUGACUAUCCUAACCUGUUUUUCCAAUAUGUUGUACAGUUUAAGUCCCGCUCAUCCUGUUCUUUUAUACCGCUCUUUCUUAAGAGGUGGAUGAGAAAAACUUUGGAUUUGUGGCGUAUGUAGGUUUGUGGAAAGAGACUCAAAGUUGUUUGGGUUUGGCAAAUCAUAAAAUGACGGGUACCUCUCGGUGGAUUAGCAUGGAUUCUUUUGCCUUUUCCCUUCUUUUUAAAGAGGACGUUUUUCCCCCAAACAGCGAAGUUCAAUCACUUAUUUGCUUUGGACCUCUGGAAGAAGUGGAUGAACUUGGUGUCCUUCUGUGGGCAAACAGGAACUCAUAUUCAGUUUGUUCAUCUGAAGAACUGACCGAAACUACUGACAUGAUCCUUUGAUCCAAUGGAUGUCUGUUCCUCCAUGUAAACUCCUCACAACCUCUACGUGGAAUGUAAUCACCUUUGGAUGUUAAUCUGAGCAGCCCAGUUUAGAGACACAAACACUAUCUCAGAGCCAAAUAUGCAGAAGAAGUGUGCUGGCCGGGACAGUGUUCACCCCCUUUACCAAUUCCUUUCAAUCUCACAUUAACAAAGACAUAAGACCCCCCCAUCCCGCCCCACAGCCUCUAAAUCACCUUGUGCCCAAACAGAAACAAGGCAAAGCUGAACUAGUGGCUGAUCAGUUAUCUGUCUUUGCUUUGGGUCACGUGAUCAUUUCCAUAAAGAAAACUCCCAGACUCUCCCUAACUGGCCGGUAACUGGCCUGUUUUACAGAAUCACUUUGUCUGUCUAGUGUCUGUCCUGUAAAACCUCAGAUGUACCCAGUUUGCCUCAAUUCUCUAUGUUCAGUUUUCUUUUGGACACGGAAUAAAUAUAAUGACAUUAGAUCAAG